GCUGAUAUUGGUGGAUACGUGGGUACGACGUUAUCCGGCUUCUGUGUCAUCUGCCCGCGCGGCAAGGAAGUCACGCUGUUCUAUUCGUUAACGAAGUCUGUGUCUUGUCGGUCCGGCGAACUAGUGAGUCACCCAGCCAACUGCUUUUCUGCGAUAUAGGUAGCGGCAGCGGCGGGGGCAGCAGCCGCGUUGCUGCCUAUGCGUACAAACAACAACAACGGCGGCGGCGGCGGCGAUGACGACGACGACGAUGACGACGGCGGCGGCGGCGACGACGACGACGACGACGACGAAAACCAAUCCGAAACAAACAGACUCACGGACCGACAGUAGCGACGGCUAGUGUCAGUCGCAACCUCUAUCGCUGCUGAUGCCAGCGACCAGCCGAUCUCUGCAAACAACAGAAAGGCAAGAACGCACCGCUCGCCCGCUAAUCAGAAGGCAGACAGACGACACAUUAGUGAGUCGUAAUGUCGCUAUCACGCCGACAUCAUCGGUAACAUCGCGACCACUCACGUAGACUGCCUAAUGGAAAUGACGAUAAUAUAAUGGCCCAUAGAGCAGCAAUGAACUCAUCUUCUCUUUCUUGUUUUUGUUCCUUUCGUUAGCCAGCCCGUCUAUUCUGUCCAGAAAUCGUUGAUUUAUAGUACUGCCGCCACCAUAAGUACUGGAGAAAACGAGCUCUGUGUAGAGAGCUCAGUCCAUUUGCUUUUUGUUUCUAUUUCUGCUACUACUCUACACAAGAGAUACAGCAGUGGCCGCUAUUGAUGAUCUUGCUGGUGGUGUUUAUUUUAAGAGUAAAUAUGCAGCAGUGUACGGCCUACGAGAAAAUCAGCCAGUGGAGUAGCUCAGCAGAAGAGACCCACAAACAGAGGGGCAUGAGAUAGUGAUGAUAUGUGUCUUGAGAACGCAUGUGGCGACGACGGCGAAUAUGGGCCGCGGGGGCGCGAUAAAAUCAUGUGAGAUCGUUGACGCGAUCGAUAAAGUGGCAAUACUUUAAGAAUGAUAGAAAGUGAUUGAGGCUGUCUGAUAUCAACCUUGCUUGAAUAAGCCAAAUUAAUAUGAAAAAGCGUUGUCACAUCUUUUGCGAAGCGCGUCACCGCCGCACACUGACUAUAAAAAGUUUGUUUCGCCACGGGCUAAUGCUAUGGGAAAUGGUACAUUAGCCCCAAGGCUCCGAUUGGGUUUAUCUGCACUAGCAAAAAAAUAAACAAAAUAUCAAUAAUUGGUUCGUAAGUGUUAAGGGCGGCAAAGAUAGCCGCUUGAUGAGAAAAAAAUUGGACUAAGCGGAACAAAAUAGAAGUAACGCACCAUGCGGCAAUACAUGAAACGACAAAGGACUUACGGGUCCCUUAUUGAAAAAUAAUCAAUGAAAAAAUUCGGCCAAUGACUGUAGAUAUCACUAUACGUUUUUAUAUAUAGAUAUAGAAAAUUGAAUAGCUACGUAUAGCGAUCACGAAAUCGUAGAAUUUAACGGAAAAAGUUAUGUUCGAACAAUUGCUUCAUAUCCUUGAUUAAAAAUUGUGCGUUUGUUUUCGAGGAAAUGUUCGUCUAUUCCGGAAACAAAGCCACACGGAUCUACAACGCACAGCUAUAAAGAAAAACACGAGCUUCCCAAAUUAAGAAUUUUAUUAAAAGAAUGUCCCGCGUCACCUAAACGUUAUUAUAUUCCUUCAACCACUGUCAUUGAGAUCAGCAGCAGUAAUUUAUCCUAGAUAGAAUACCUAGGUUGUCACAAACAAACAAAGCCUUAAGUAAAAGCUGUAAACCUUCUAAACUUGGUCAUUUUAUUGAUCCAAAAAAAAAAAUUCAAAUUUUCGCGCCAUUCCCUUACCGCCACGAUAACUACGCGUUGGAGAACUUUUGAAUCCGAGUAAACGCGGCUGCCAGAAAGCGUUACUGAAUAGUGAAUGCGCGGCUUCGCGAGUGAGAAGGCGAAGCUCGUGUCGAAAAGGACCACGCAAUUUAGCCCGAGCCGCCGAGAACCAACCUAACGAGUUUACUAUUAAAGGGUGCUCAUAGCCGAGGUUUAUGUUUGUGGAAGUCUUAUUAAAAUAACGAGCCGACUAGUUUAAUCGUUACAAUGCAACGGUCCAAUUUACAAGUCAUGGUUCGUCCUCGACGCCUUCCGGAAGGUGCCCAGCGCGGAUCCAUUAAAUUGGACAAAUAUGGCAAUGAAAUUGAAAUGACAAAUAAUAUGUUCCAAUAUGAUGUCGUGUUCGAGGAAGAAGCAACUCAGGAAGAAGUUUAUGAGCGUCUGAGAACUGCAGUAGAAAAACUCGUUGAAGGCUAUUGUGUGGGAAUCCUUGCAUACGGCCAGACAUCGUCUGGUAAGACUUACACGGUUGGUACAAAUGGCGUAGAAGAAUGCUACGUGAAGAAUCCAGGUAUUAUCUCACGUGCCGCGUCCGAUAUAUUUCGCCUUGCUGUUCCACGGGAUGAGACAACACAAAUCAACGUUAAAGUAACGUUCAUGGAGAUAUACAAUGAGCAGGCCUUCGAUCUUCUGCACGUCGACGACAAAAAAAAACCCGUAAUUAAGAAAGUUAGAGAUGUUCCUCGAAAAGAUCGACCUGGUGAACUUGUCACAGAUGUAGAAGGACUGACCACCGAAGAAGUAGCUUCUACUCAGGAGGUUAUGAACGUUUUACAACGUGGAUCAAAAAAUCGACGAGUUGCCGCAACCACGAUGAACGCGAAUUCCUCGCGAUCGCAUGCGGUCUUUACAAUCUUCGUUGAGCAUCUAAAUGACGAAGGUGAAUCGACGCUUGCUUCAACCCCAUACCUUCAGCUAGUAGAUCUUGCAGGCAGUGAAGUACCAGAAGGUGAUAAACUGACGAUGAAAGAGGGUGUCAACAUUAACAAGUCAUUGUCAGCUUUGGGACGCGUUAUUAUUCAACUCAGGGAUCGUUCAGGCCAUGUCUCAUAUCGAGACUCUGUUCUAACACGGGUGCUCAAACCGCUCUUAGACGGAAAUUCUAUUACAACGCUAAUUGCCUGCAUCUCAAUGGAGUCCUGUAACGAGGCUGAAAGCAAGAAGACCCUACAUUACGCGCAACAGGCUAGAAAGAUUGAGAUUUCGGCUCAAAAGGCUCAAAAGGCCAUCACCCGAGAGGAGUUCUUAAAGCUCAAAGAAGAAAAUCGACGUCUCAAAAAACUUUGUGCAAGCCAUAAUCUUGAUCUCGGCGAUUUGGAGAUGACAAUUAUGGAACUUGAAGAGGACAAAGAGAAGGAGCCAUUUGCAAAUGCUGCCAGAACUGAGGAAAUGAUUCAAAUUCUUUUGAAGUAUGAAAUGUCAACGAAAACAGUAGAAAUGCUGCAAGAGAAAUGCAAUCAACUCCAACGUCUUGUAGCGACGCUAUCAAAGGAAACCAGAACUACUUCGAUUGCGGGGGAAGUUUCUUCUCCCAAUCGGACUUUUAACUUGAGUGGACCGGAGCAAAUUAAAGAAAAUGGUAAUCAUACUGAUAAUGAGGCUAUGGAACCCGAGCCCCGCGAUGAACUGGCUUUAGUAUCAGCAUUGUCUGUGUUAGAUCAAGACUACAAUGAAAGCGCAAGUCAGCUGAAGUACUUCAUUGAGAUGCAGAAAAAAAGUGCACAACUGGAGGAAAAAGUUCUUGAAUUAGAGCGACAGCUCGAGGCAUCCGAAGCCGAAAAAGCUUCUACAGCGAAACAGAUGAGCGGCUCGAAGAAGUCAUCGGCAGAAUUUAGGGAACUACAGAGCAAGCUUGACUCUCAGACGGAAAAGAAUCGUGUGUUACAGGAGAAGCUUUCUCAAUUGAGGAAGGACCUAAAAAGCUCACAGGUGCAAAAUGAGACUAUUGAGAAAUAUAAAGCGAAGGUGGAAUCAAUCAACCGCGAACGAGUGAAACUCCAACGAAUGCUAAAAGAACAAGGCAAAAAGAGUCAGGAGGAGAUAAAGCGACAGAAGCGAGAAAUGAUUGCUCUGCAGCGCCAACAGCAAAAAGCUGCUGCUGAACGUAGUAAACUUGACAUGAAACAAGCUGCGGAACGUAAAUGCCAACAGCGGAAGCUCGAACAAGCACUCGCAGCUAAAGACCGUUUGGAGAUGUUGCUCAAACGAAAGACGGAGAACAGCAAAUCUGCCGCGAAGCAGCAGUCGGUUUCGAGCAAGAGCAAGAUGGAUUCCACAAACAAUAACAUGAGUGUGUACAGCAAAGUAAAGGAAAUGGUCGACGACGAGGUAAACAUGGCUGCUACCCGGGCGCUGUCGACCUUCUACGUUGAUGACUACACCAAACAGAUUCAGACAUUUGAUAGCCGCCUGGCAGAAAUCGAAGCGCAGCUUGAAACUAGCGAUCUCACUGAUAACGUCCGACACGAACUCGAAGACGAACGUAUCGACCUGGUAGAGAAGCGUAAAAAUGCCCAGUUAGUGCUGGAUAAAAAUCAGGAAGUUCAAAAAAGCAUUGAGAGUUGUGGCAGACUUCAUGAACGUUUCAACACUUCGUACGAUGCGCAGCUCACGGUCAAACUUCUGGUGUCCAAAUGCGAGAAGCUAGCGUACCAAGCUGCUGGGUAUCGCGAUGAGUUAGCCACUCUUAAGGAACAGCAGCAACAUACGAUGCAGCUGCUUAAUGACUGCGAACACGAGAAGCAGCUCAUCGAAGAAAAGUACGCUGCGUUUAUUGUUGAAACUGGCCGUGACGAGGGCGACCUUGAGAAAAUCGAACAGGAGCUCAAGGAUAAAAAUGCAAUGAUUGAUGAACUGAAGAACAAACUUAAUACGAUAUCUCACGGAAUGAUGAUUCCGAGGUCACCUUUCACUGUGGCACCAUUGAACCCUCGACGGGUUCCUACAAAUGGACGGAGCGUAGCGGUAAGAAGGCUUGAUGCGUUGCGCUUUGAUGACUAUGAGACAUCUACACUAUUUUCGGAGGAUGAAAAAUCGUUCGCCGAUAACAAAGAGACCGAUCCCGACUGGGUCGCAAAUACGUCAUCUGAAAGACAGCGUCGAGCUAACAACUGCACGAUGUCCCAUGCCAAUACAUCAGGAAAUUCAACCACAUGCAUUACUGAACCCCGUAUCAGAAAGGCGGUCAGAAGCAACUCACAAGAAGACAACUAUGAAGGCGACAACGAAAACGAGGAGCCCCCGAAUAAAAAAAAAUCUGAAGGAGCUUCCGCAUCCGGAGGUUGCCGUUGCAGUGGAGGCAAAUCAUGUCAGAAAUGCAAAUGUACAAAAGCCGGUUCUACCUGUUCAAGUUUAUGCAAAUGCGGUGCUCAGUGCUAUAAUUCACCCAUUCAGACUGACGACGUCGCUCAACGAAUACCCGCUGUGAUCUCAAAUAUGAUUGAAUCCGUAGAAAAUCACAAACUCUAUUAGAAAUUUUGAAAGCACCC